AUGGCAAUGGUAAUGAACGAGCUUGAUUUUUCCAAUUUGAGUUACAGCACGACCACGACGGCCUCCGCCACCGACGACGGCUGCAAUUGGAAUGACUGGUCGCCGGUGGUCGACUGGGAGGCGCUCUCCGGCGGCCAAGAGGACUUCCACAAUUUGUUCGAUACUAUAAUGGACGAUCAAUCGGUUGAGCCUAAUGACUCCUCAACGUACAACACAGUAUCCCCAGAGUACAACCUAAUGCCUGAUGACGAGAUGGACAACGCCGGCGAGGAUUUCAAGGGGCUCCGGCUGAUCCACCUCCUCAUGGCGGCGGCGGAGGCGCUGGCCGGGGCCAACAAGUGCCGCGAAUUGGCCAGGGUGAUAUUGGUUCGGCUCAAGGAGUUGGUCUCCCCCGACGACGGCACCAACAUGGAACGACUCGCCGCCUAUUUCACCGACGCCUUACAGACCUUACUCGACGGCGGCUCCGGCGGGGGCGCCGGCCACGGCAAGCAAACCCCGAACGCCCUCCGCCACCAGCACCACCAAUCGGAUGUUCUCGCAGCCUUUCAAUUGCUUCAGGACAUGUCCCCUUACGUCAAAUUCGGACAUUUCACGGCGAACCAGGCGAUCCUGGAGGCCGUGACGCACGACCGUCGGGUCCACAUCGUCGAUUACGACAUCAUGGAAGGGAUCCAAUGGGCGUCAUUAAUGCAGGCCCUGGUGUCCCGGAAAGACGGCCCCCCGACCCCCCACCUCAAAAUCACGGCGCUGUCGCGCGGCGGUAGCGGGCGGCGGUCGUUCGGCACGGUCCAAGAAACCGGCCGGCGGCUGACCGCCUUCGCCGCCUCAAUCGGGCAGCCAUUCUCGUUCCACCAAUGCCGAUUCGACGCCGACGAAACGUUCAACCCGAGUUCACUCAAAUUAGUCAAAGGAGAAGCCUUAGUAAUCAACUGUAUGCUCCACCUGCCCCACUUCAGCUACCGGGCCCCGGAUUCGAUCGCCUCGUUCCUAUCCGGAUCCAAAGCCCUAAACCCGCGAAUCGUCACUCUAGUAGAGGAAGAAAUGGGCCCCGCGAGCCAGCCCGGGUUCGUGGGCCGGUUCAUGGAGUCGCUGCACCAUUACUCAGCAGUGUACGAUUCGCUGGAGGCGGGCUUCCCGAUGCAGGGGCGGGCGCGGGCGUUGGUGGAGCGGGUUUUUCUUGGCCCGAGAAUAGCCGGGUCUUUGGGUCGGAUCUAUGGGUCACGUGAGCAGGAUGAGGAGGACGAGGAGGAGUGGUCGUGGGGACAGUGGUUGGGUACGGUUGGAUUCCGUCCGGUUAGUAUAAGUUUCGCCAAUCGUUGUCAAGCAAAGUUGUUGUUGGGACUUUACAACGACGGCUACAGAGCCGAGGAAUUGGACAAUAAUAAACUCGUCUUGGGAUGGAAGUCUCGACGUCUACUUUCCGCUUCCAUUUGGACUUUGGAUUUUCUCCCAUCGUCUUAA